AGACAAGCUACAGCCAACGUCAGAUUGAUUCACCAACGCAUUUGAAAAACAGAUACGAUGGCUCCUCCAAUGGCGAAGAAGCGCAAGGUCUUAGACAGUCUGAAGAAUAAGGCCGGUCGGCCCAAGAAGAAGUUCAGAAAGCAGCUCGAAUACCACAGCAGUUCCGACGAAGCGGAAGAAGAACAGCCCACCGAUUUCCAAGCAGUUAAUCUGGCUGAUUCCGAUGCGGAGGAAGAAGAGAAGCCGGUAGAGCAGAAGCCACAGAAGCCAGCAUCGAGCGAAACAAGGUCGCUAGGCGCUCAAAAGAAGAGGAAAGCAGAAGACAGCGACGACAGCUCUGCGGCUAGCGAUAAUGAGAGCGACGCGGACGACAACGAUGCAUCGGACUCGCCAGGUUCCUCUGAUAUGGAGGAUGACGAGUUUGGAGACUCGGACACCUCAUUGCCCACAUCGACAAACGGACGCAGCAGGCCCGUCGCUAAACGAAAUGACCCUACCGCAUUCUCAACAUCUAUUUCCAAGAUUCUUUCGACCAAACUGCCUACGUCAGCUCGGGCGGACCCGGUCCUGUCACGCAGUAAAUCAGCAGCGCAAACUACUAGCGAACUUGCGGACGAGAAACUGGACAAGCAGGCGCGGGCGAAGCUCCGCGCAGAAAAGAAGGAGGAGCUAGACCGUGGCCGCGUCCGCGAUGUCUUGGGCGUUGAGCGCGGUCUUACUGGUGUUGUUGCAGAGGAGGAAAAGCGUCUUCGGAAGAUUGCGCAGCGUGGUGUGGUGAAAUUGUUCAAUGCUGUUCGCGCAGCCCAGGUCCGUGGAGAAGAGGCUGCCAGAGAAGAGCGGAAGAAGGGCACCAUCGGCAUGGGUGAACGAGAGAAGACCGUCAACGAAGUCAGCAAACAGGGCUUCCUUGAGUUGAUCAGCGGAAAGAAGGGGAAACCGCUGAACAUCGAGGAGGCUUAAAGGAGGCGCUCUUAUUCAGGAUGAACCGGUUUCUGUAUGAACAGGGCGACAAGGCAUUUACAAGGCGUUAGGGGUUUGGAUGAUGUUUCUUUGCAUGCGAAUAAAAGUUAUACACCUGUUAUACAUUUAUUUGGCUUUCGCACGAGUCAAUAAGCCGGACAGUCCUUGUAGAUACCCAGUGAUAUGAUCAUUGUC